AUCAUGUGAUUACCGUUUUGUUUUUAUGGGAAGGGAUGUAACAUAUAAACAAACCCUCAAACCUAACACAAACACCAUAACCAAAGAGAGCAACACCAGCCAUGGAAGAAGUAGCUCCACCUGCUAAUUCUAGACACAUAAUCAUGCUACCAUUCAUGGCACAAGGUCAUCUCAUACCUUUCUUAGAAUUAGCCAUCCAGAUCCUCCACCAUAAUCCCAUCUUCACCAUCUCCAUCGUCAACAGCCCUCUCAACAUCAACUACCUCCGMUCCGCCAUUUCCAACCGCCCUUCUCCCCCCACCCAAAUCCACCUYAUAUCGCUCCCCUUUCACAGCUCCGAUCAUGGCCUUCCUCCCAACUCUGAGAACACCGACGGCUUAGCCUUUAAUCAAAUCAUCAAACUCUUCUAUGCCUCCACCGCCCUCCAAUCCCCUUUUUGUGGCUUCAUCUCUGACAUCAUCGCAAAAGAAGGUACGGUUCCUUUAUGCAUAAUUUCAGAUUCGUUCAUGAGUUGGGCUAAUGAGGUAGCCAGAUCUUUUGGUACUGUUAAUUACACCUUCACCACCUGUGGAGCGUACGGCACCGCCGCAUAUGCUUCCGUUUGGUUGAAUCUCCCUCAUCGGAAUCUGGCUGACGGUGGAAAUCACGACGAGUUUUCGGUGCCUGGGUUCCCGGAAUCUUGUCGGUUUUCCGUCAUGCAGCUCCACCCGUAUCUUAGAGCUGCUGACGGUGAAGAUGAAUGGUCCAGAUUCUUCCAACACCAAAUCUCUUUAUCUCUACAUUCCGAUGGUUGGUUGUGUAAUACAGUUGAAGAUAUCGAAGCAUUUGGAUUGGAGGUGUUGCGUAAUUACAUAAAACUCCCUGUUUGGUGUAUUGGGCCACUCCUCCCAUCAAAAAUGUUGAAAGGGAAUACGGGUUCGGAUACGGGUCUUGUCGGUUCAAGAUCCGGAAAACGACCCGGUGUCGAACCCGAAAAAUGCAUUGAAUGGUUGGAUUCACAUCCUCCAAGAUCCGUGCUCUAUAUUUCAUUUGGGUCUCAGAACACAAUAAGCGAGACCCAAAUGAUGGAAUUAGCCAGAGGACUUGAAGAGAGCAAGACGCCUUUUAUUUGGGUCAUCAGACCGCCAAUUGGGUUCGAUCCGAAAGGUGAGUUUCGAACCGAAUGGUUGCCUUUGGGUUUUGAGGAUAGGAUUGGAAAACAAGGAUUGGUGGUGCACAAAUGGGCGCCUCAAUUGGAGAUAUUAUGCCACCGGUCCACUGGAGCGUUUUUGAGUCAUUGCGGAUGGAACUCAGUGUUGGAGAGUCUGAGCCAGGGUGUACCGUUGAUCGGGUGGCCGUUGGCAGCGGAGCAAGGGUAUAAUGUGAAGAUGUUGGUCGAGGAGAUGGGUGUUUGUGUGGUGUUGACGAGUGGGGUCCAUAGUAGGAUCGAAAAAGAGGAUGUGAGGAGAGUGAUCGAGGUGGUGUUGAAUAGAACCGAAGAUGGAAAAGGAGAAGUCAUGAGAAGAAAAGCAAGUGAAUUAGGGGAACGGAUAAGAGCAAGUGUCGAGAUUGAAAAAGGUUGUUCUUACAAAGCAAUGAAGGAUUUUGUUUCGACCAUUCUCUCUAGAUUUCAAUGAUAUUUUAAGACAUGUAUUUUAAAAUAUUAUAAAUUAAAAUGUAUUUAUUCUUUAAUAAAUAUUUCUAUAUC